UUAAAAUUCAGAUGAAGUGUUAGUACACUCAAACACAGUGUGAUUCCUUCUCUGCAAGACAAGUGUUGAGAACUUAGAACAGUCGCUCACCAAACGUUCCAGAGCCGCGAUUUGAUGAUCCAACAACGAAAAAAAGCUUUUCAUUUUUAGCGAUUGGAAUCUAAGAUAAACGUUUCAAUAACUUUUUAACGAACCACAACUACACAUUACUACAGAACCUAAAAACAAUGGCAGCAACAUUAAAGCGUUUCAACUACUUAUCUUUCAUUAACUCUCCUCUGCUCCACAACUCCAAUCGUCAUCGUCUUCCUCGAUUCUUCCAGCCUCCUAAGCAUCUCUUCUCUUCACAGUGUGGUUCACUUAUGGAAGUGUUUAAAGCAGCUUUUUCAGAAGGGUCUAAUGCCUCUGAUAGGAUAGCUAUUAAAGCCAAUGGAAAGAGUUACUCUUAUGGCCAGCUUACAUCCUCUGCCUUGACCAUAUCUAAGUUGUUCCACAAGGAAGACACUAAAAAUGGAGGUGAAACUAGGAAGUAUGGUGGGUUUAAUAGUCUACAAGGAGCUAGAGUUGGAAUUGUGGCGAAACCUUCAGCUGAGUUUGUUGCAGGAGUCCUUGGGACUUGGUUUAGUGGUGGCGUAGCUGUUCCACUUGCACUCAGCUAUCCAGAGGCUGAACUCUUAUAUGUCAUGACUAACUCGGACAUAUCUGUGUUAUUGAGCACGGAGGACCACAGUGAAACUAUGAAAACUAUAGCAGCAAAGAGUGAUGCUAGAUUUCUUAUGAUUCCCCGUGUUGUUAGCUCAGCUUCGGAAACUGUUACCAACAAUCAUUUUCAAGAUGCCAGUUUUGAAGGAGAAGAUAAACUUCUAGAUGAACCAGCAUUGAUCGUCUACACUAGUGGUACAACUGGUAAACCAAAAGGAGUUGUACAUACUCACAAAAGCAUCAACUCCCAGGUUAGAAUGCUAACUGAAGCUUGGGAGUACACAGCUGCUGAUCACUUUCUCCACUGCCUCCCACUACAUCAUGUUCAUGGUCUUUUCAAUGCUUUGUUUGCCCCUCUUUAUGCGCGGUCUUCGGUUGAGUUUUUGCCCAAGUUUAGUGUUAGUGGAAUCUGGCGCAGAUGGCGUGAAUCAUAUCCGUUGGAUGAUGAGAAAACCAACGACUCCAUAACUGUAUUCACUGGAGUUCCAACCAUGUAUACUCGGUUGAUACAAGGUUAUGAAGCAAUGGAUCAAGAAACGAGAGAGUCUAGCGCUUUUGCUGUGCAGAAGCUUCGCCUAAUGAUGUCUGGCUCCUCUGCUCUUCCUAGGCCGGUCAUGCAUCAGUGGGAAAGUAUCACUGGUCAUCGUCUUUUGGAACGAUAUGGCAUGACUGAGUUUGUAAUGGCAAUAUCAAACCCCUUACGAGGUGCAAGGAAGGAAGGUACCGUCGGGAAACCACUUCCCGGUGUUGAGGCUAAGAUUGAACGAGAUGAAAACGAUACGGAUGGAGUGGGUGAGAUCUGUAUAAAGAGCCCAUCUUUGUUCAAGGAGUACUGGAAUCUUCCACAAGUGACUAAAGAAUCGUUCACGGAAGAUGGAUACUUCAAGACCGGGGAUGCUGGGAGAGUUGAUGAGGAUGGACAUUACGUGAUUCUCGGACGUACUAGCGCUGAUAUUAUGAAGGUUGGAGGUUACAAGUUAUCUGCUUUAGAAAUCGAGUCAACCCUACUCGAGCACCCCACGGUUGCAGAAUGUUGCGUGGUGGGGUUGCCAGACAAAGAUUAUGGGGAAGCGGUUACAGCGAUAAUUGUAGCAGAGAGUGGAGCAAAGAGGAAAAGAGAAGAAGAGUCAAAACCUGUGAUGACCUUAGAAGAACUCUGCGGUUGGGCCAAAGACAAGCUUGCUCCUUACAAGCUACCAACACGUUUGCUGAUAUGGGAGAGCUUGCCACGCAACGCCAUGGGAAAGGUGAACAAGAAAGAGCUAAAGAAAUCUCUGGAUCAUCAAGAGUAGAUUCUCAGACUACCAUGGAUCUCUUUAUCUGCUUCUUUGUUCUUUGAUUAUAAUACACAUUUGCAUUAAAUUAAUAAAUAUAUCUAUAUAUAUUAUGUUGUUGACUUAAACAAGGUCAGGAAUCAAGACCAAGCUAUUUGGAAAUAAAUCUUAAUUUAUUUAUUUAUAUGACUCUGUACUUUCUUCAUAAUCAUGAAGAACAAGGUAGCGUUGACCAGUGUCUUCUGAUUCCGACAUGCGACCGUUAAGUUUAAAAUAGGCGACGUUGGCCAAUCAGGCAAUCACAAACGCAAUAACGCAAAGGGUAUAAAUGGUAAUUAAUAAUAACUUAUCUGCUCUUAUAUUCAACGGAGUUUUAUCCUCAAUUCGCAUAGAAUAUCGAAACAUGGAAGACUCAACGAUCCUAAACACCACAACGUAUCUAGAAGCGUUGGCGCAAGGAAACGGUCUAAGCGAGAUAGAGGUUUUAAUCCUACAAGGCUUAGAACUCAUCCAUGUCGGAAAAGGAAUCAUACGAUGUAAACUACUCGUCACGGAUCGCGUCGCGGGAGAUGAUGGAACUUGGCGCGCCGGGGCUAUUACGGCGGUGAUGGAUGCGAUCGGUGCUGCUUCUGUCUACUCCACCGGCGACGGACUCCAUUCUUCUGUUGAUCUCAACGCUUCGUUUUAUUCAGCGGCCAAGAUUCAUG